GUGCCCACCACCCUCUUCAUCAACAACGAAUUCACCCCCGCCUCCACUAACACCCUCACCGUCGAGAACCCCUCGACUGGCACUCCCCUCGCGACCGUCUCCACCGCCAGCCCAUCCGACGUCAACCACGCUGUCACCUGCGCCCUCCGGGCCCUCCCAGCCUGGAAAUCCACCCCGGGGGCCACCCGCGGAGCCCUCCUCCACAAACUCGCCGAUCUAAUCGAGCGCGACGCCGAGGACUUUGCUUCCCUGGAAGCGCUGGAAGGCGGCAUCCUCUACACCGACAGCAAGAAUAUCAAUAUCCCCCAAGCCAUCUCCACCCUACGCUACUUCGCCGGCUGGGCGGAUAAAAUCGACGGCAAGACACUGCAUCUCCCGGAUGGCGGCGUGGGGUAUACCUUCCGAGAGCCAUUGGGAGUCUGCGCGGCGAUUGUCCCUUGGAAUGCACCUUUAAUGAUAACAAUCUGGAAACUCGCCCCCGCUCUCACAACCGGCAACGCCCUACUGAUCAAACCCUCCGAACUAACCCCCCUCUACGCCCUCAAACUCGCCCUCCUCAUCCGCGAAGCCGGUUUCCCACCGGGCCUCAUCGCCAUUCUCCCCGGCGACGGGCCCACCACCGGCCACGCCCUCUCCACGCACCCUGCCAUCCGAAAACUCUCCUUCACGGGAUCGACCCUCGCCGGACGCGCCAUCAUGGCCGCCGCAGCAACGAGUAACCUGAAACAAGUCGCCCUGGAAUUAGGUGGAAAGGGUCCCUCGAUUGUCUUCGCGGACUGCGAUCUGGAGAAUGCGCUCCUGUGGACGCGGGUCGGGAUUACGGCGAAUAAUGGGCAGAUAUGUGCGGCGGGGUCGAGGGUGUAUGUUCAGCGGGGGAUUUAUGAGCGGUUUCUGGAGGAGUAUGUGCGGGUAGCGAGGGAGGGGGAGUCCGUGGUGGGGGAUGCGUUGGAGGAGGGGACGACGAAGGGGCCGGUGGCGAGUUGGGCGCAGUUGGACAAGAUUCUGGGGUUUGUGGAGGAGGGGAAGAAAGCCGGGGCGCGGUUGUUGUUUGGUGGGGAGAGGAUUGGGGAAAAGGGGUAUUUUGUCCAGAAUACGGCGUUUGCGGAUGUGAGGCAGGGGGAGCGGAUCAUGAGGGAGGAGGUUUUUGGACCGGUCGUGUGUAUCGCGCCAUUCGACACGGAAGAAGAGGCUAUUGCCUUGGCAAAUGACUCAGCGCAUGGAUUGAGUGCCGCCGUGUUUACGAAUGAUAUUAAUCGUGCGCAUCGCGUCACGGCCGGUAUUGAGUCCGGACAGGUCACGGUCAAUGCGUGGUCGAUGCUGGCGGCAAAUGCACCGUUUGGGGGUGUCAAGGAGAGUGGGUUUGGACGGGAAUUGGGCGAGGAGGCGCUGGAGGGGUGGACGACCCUGAAGACGGUCAAGUAUCAUAUUUUGCCGAAGCUGUGA